GACACAGAGCUCUCUCUCCUUCCAAAUUCAAAAAUGGCGACAGUUUCUAGGGUUUUUGGAGCUUGCAGGGUACUGAUGGCGAAGGCCGCUUCUUCCUCCGCCGCUAAAAAUGGUAGACAAGGUACUGGUAUUCUUAAGGUGGUUCCCGUUUCUAAGCCGCUCGCUACCUUUAUUGGGGAAAACGAAGUCUCUCGCACAACCGCCGUCAAGAAAAUCUGGGAAUACAUCAAGCUUAACAAUCUUCAGAAUCCGGAGAACAAAAGGGAGAUACUAUGCGAUGAGCAACUGAAGACGAUCUUCAGUGGGAAAGACACUGUCGGCUUCCUCGAGAUUUCGAAACUUCUGUCUCAACAUUUUCCUAAGUCUGCUUGAUUCUCACUUUGCAUUAUCCUUAAAGACAGUUUAGCUUAUUUUACUCUAUCAUCCAAGAAAUGGUUCUUCUUUUUUUGUAUCUUCUUAUGGGUGAUCUUUAUUGGUUAUAUAUAGACUGCCAACCAGUUCCCAUCUGUCUGACGUUUUAUGUAUGGAUGAUGAUCCAAGGUCAAUUUAAUUAAUGGUUUGUGGUCUU